CAAAUAUUGAAAAAAUUAUGAAGAACAUCAACUAAUUUUAUUUGGAUAAAUAAAAUCACAAAUCGAAAUGGCAUUUAGUUUUAACAACUUCCUUCGGAUUAAUAGCUUCAGCAUACUGUUUAGUAUUACCUCAAUAAAUGAGAAAUCUAGGAGAUAUAUUUAAUUUAGAUGAUUAAAAAGAAUUCUUAGCUCUACUAACAACUUUCCACUAUUUGUUAAAUUCAUUUCUCCCAUACUUUUCUGGAGUAAUAAGAGAUUCUUGUGGAGAUUCAUUUGCAAUUCUUUUUCAAAAUAGUUUAUGCGUUAUUGGUUAAUUUAUAGCCACAAUAGGUACUCAUUCAGGAAGCAAGACUACCUUCAUAAUAGGACGUCUUAUUAUAGGUUGGGGUAUAGAGUCUUUAUUAAUUGUCUUAACUUCUUUUAUUUGUUCAUAUUACAAGUUUACUUAUUUGGUAUUUCUUAACUAAAUUAUUAGACUUUUGUGUUAGGGAUAUACUAACUCAUCUACAUGAGUGGAUUGGUUGUGUGUACCUUGUUUGCUCCAAAUAUUGAUUCUGCUUAUGGUUCAAAUGUUAUUGCAUUAUUAUUUACAAUUUUGGGAUUGAUUAUGGCUUAUGUAACAAAAGAUAUUGAUACUAAUGUACAAUCAAUAAUUGUCAAAUAAGGAGCAAAUUACUUUUAGAUAGAAGAAGGUAUUAAAAAAUCAUCUUAGCUUUUUUAAAAAUAAGGCCCAAGUGAAAUAAUAUAGUUAUAAGAUGAUGGAGAAGAAAUAAGAAUUGAAUAAGAUUAUAUUGAAGUCUAAUAAAUAAAUUCAGAAGUUUUUGAUCAAAAUAUUUAUGACAAUUGUUGUGGUUAUGGAAACAAACAUGAAUUUCCUGCAAUUUAUUGGUUACUUUUAUUCUUUUACACUUUUGCUUCAACAUCUGUUCUUGUUUUGGUUGGCUACGCUUAAGAAUUUCUCUUAAAUAAAUGGUUAAUCAACCUGUAGAAUGGAGAAGAUCUAGCUAGAACAUUGGUGACACUAAUGUGGCUAUUCUCAGGAUGUAUUACACCUUUAUUAGGAUUUGUAAUAGAUAUGUAUGGUUAAAGAUCAACAUUAGUAAAAUAUUAUGUUAAAUAGUUAGACUAUUUUCUCAGGUUUGAUGGCUGUAUGGGCUCACUUGUUAGUAUUACUCUAAUCUCCAUUUGAAGGUUUGUUAUUGUUAGGAUUCUCAUUUGCAUUAUCCUAUACAACUGUUUGGAGUAGUGUAUUAUAUAUAACUCAUCCACAUAAAUAUGGUAGAAGCUUAGCUCUUUUUGUUUGUCUAUAGAAUUUUGGAAUCUCUAUUACUCCUCAUAUUUGCACAUUCUUUGAAAUGUAUUAAGAGCUAUAAUUAGAUUGACCAAUUCUAAAAUUGUCACAGAAACAUUUUUAUUAUUGUUGGCCAUAUUAGCUACUACCGCAUCUUUACUUGUAUACAAAGAGGAUAAAAAAUUUGUAAAUCUUAUUGACAGAGGCCUUUAGGUAGAAAGUGAAAUUUCUUCUAAAAUGUAUAAAUUGAUAAUUAAUCUAAGUAAAUCAUCAAAAUUGUAAAAUUGA